AUGCGCAAGUCAGGACCUGACAUCAAACAGGAAGGAGGAACAAGCAAGAGGGACAAAAGCCAGCUCGAAGGCAUUCUGAGUCACCCUCAACGGAAGGUUCAAAUCACCCCCAAGGACGCGAGGUUUAGAGGAACUAGCCAGAACAACCACCGAGGCGAAACUAUGACCAACUCAAAGGGGCACGACCCACUGGGUAUCAAGAGAUCAAGAUGCCUCUGA